CUGAACGAGUCUUACUUACUCCGUGUUCAUUUACGGUUCUCGUCGCGUUAUUUGGUGAACGAAAGGGGUUGCCAUAUUGUUAAUGUGUGAUUUAAUGUUUUUAUAAUGUGGAGACUGGUAUGUGAGGUGCUGUAGUCCAAAGAGGAAUGUGAUAGUGCGACGUCCCUUGCGUGUGGUUUUGCGAAAGGAUUGGCCACAAUGAUCACAAGAAAACAUUUAUUCGUCUUGUCUCUCUCUCUGGGAUUUAUUUAUGUUAUUAAGAAUAACUUCGUGACUGAACCAAGAUCGGAAGAUUUCACGGCAAGAAUUAGACCAGUCACCCCAUCAAAGAAAACGAGGAUAGAUUUCGAGAAAAUGGGAAAUUUGACGGCUAACUCACCUGUAGAGGAGGCCGCUGCGGGAGCCUUGAGCAGCGUCCAGCCUUCCCACCUUGAAGACACAGCCGAAAUGAAAUAUUACGAAGCAACGAGGAAAGUGAUGCAAAUGCUCCAAAACAAAGCUUUCGAAAGUUCAAAAAAUUAUAUUAAUAAUAUGAUAAAGCUUGUGAAUAGCCAGGGAUUGCUUCCAAAUAAUAGUAAUCACAAAGAAUCUAUUGUUAAAAUCGAAAACAAAAAUCCAGCGACUAGAAGCGGUUAUAAAGUUACGAAGAAUAUGAGGAAAACGUCAUCCCCGAGUGCAGCCUUCCAGAAUAUUCGAAGAAAUGACACGGCAGAAAUGGAAGCAUUGCUUAAGAGUAAGAGCCUCCCCGCGCCGCGCAGCUUGGAGCGGCCGCUGCUGGCCGUGGCCGACGCCGACCGCGUCCGCCACAACUCCACCUGGCAUGGCUACACGAAGCCCAUUAUCGUGUUCAAGCCACUGGGCAGGCUGGGCAAUGUCAUGGGCGUCUAUGCAUCAGUGUGGGCCGUGGCAAGGGCGUAUGACGCGAACGUAUUUAUGGAAUCAGAGGUCGAGGAGAUCCUGAGACCCGUCUUCCCUCGCCUCUCUAUGUCCACACUCCCAGUGAAGUUCGUGGGCGGGUCCUGGGUGUACUUAAUCCGCGGAGGACCCGACCUCACCGACUACAGGCCCCUUCAGGAGGCAGCUGCGGGGCUUCGAGGAGACAGGACGUUCAUGGUGGAUGAAUAUCCGUUCGAGAUGCAGAUUUUCAACGCCUAUAGAGAGGAUAUUUUGAAGGAAUUCACGUUCAGCCUUUCGCUUCAGAGCCAGGCUCAGCAGUUCCUCCGCAGUGUUACCAACAGCAGUGGGAAUUUUGUCGGUGUUCAUGUUCGACGCACUGACUACCCUGCUUUUCUCAAGAAGACCUUCAGGAGCGCCGCGCCGGGCGAGGACUACCUGCGCAGGGCCCUCCUCUUCUACCGGAGUCGUCUGCCGGGGGUCACCUUCGUCGCCGCCUCGGACGACCCCGACUACCUGAGGGAGGUCCUUGGGGCCGAGGAGGACGUCGUGCUGGCUCCUGGCUCCCCCCGCGAGCUGGACCUGGCGGCGCUGGCCUCCUGCAACCACUCGAUCACGACGGGCGGCAGCUUCGGCUUCUGGGCGGCCUACCUCGCGGGCGGCGCCGCCCUGUACCCGGACUUCCCGCUGGACCAGUACUACUUCAGCAGGCCCUUCUACGAGCGGGCGGGGCUGCGGCAGUUCAUCCCCCUUGCCGCUCUGAGGGGCGGGUCGUGGGCGCUUGUUGGUUGGCAGUUGUUUGGUGGUUUGCUUGUUUGGGGUUGCUUUGUGUGUGCGUGCGUGUGUGUGUGUGUGUGUGUGUAUGUAUGUGAUAGUACCUUAUGA